CAAAUUUACAAGACUUGGAGUAGCAGACAAGAUGAAACAAUUUUGUAUACUGUAUAUAAUGAGUGUUACAGAAAAGAAAAUGAAUGCAAAAAUACCAAAAAGAGACAGUUAGAAUUUAAAAAAAAUAUUAAACAAGGAAAUACUAAGCAAGAAAAUAAUGAACAGAAGAAUGCUAAUCAAGAAAAUAUUGACCAAGAAAAUACUGCCCAAGAAGAUACUGUUCAAGAAGAUAAAAGUAGUUUAGAACUAAUUAAGCCAACAAAUCUUUUAUAUUAUAGAUAUAUUGGUAUAAAAGAAAUUGUUAAAGAAUUAAUUGAGUUAAUUGAAGAUAUAGACGAAUUUUUAUAA